AUGGCUAUCAUGAUACCCGUUUAUGUUGUCAAUGCACUUUAUCUGUGGCCCAUAACCCUCUGGACAUACAUCAAAUAUGGUCGCCCGCCGAAGCUUCAUAGAGGAGCUGCCACACCUUCUCAUGCUGCUCAUCACUCGCCUCACGGUCCUGGUGGCGAGGGGGCUUCACAUGAGCACUCAACUCGGGGUGGGAACGCUGAUCUGGCAUAUGACAGUAUUCACGAUACGACGGAGACCCGCAAAGUGUCGGUUGACGACGACGGCAAAGUCAAAGAAGAGCACGGCCACCACAACCAUUCUCACGGAAGUGGUGAGAGGCCGAUGUUUGCUACAGUCACUGUCGCUGUCUGUCAUUGCGGUGCUGGAUGCGUGAUUGGCGACAUCAUCGGAGAGUGGCUGGUCUACGGUACUAACGCUACGAUCAAUGGCCGUACCCUGUGGCCGGAGUAUCUGAUCGAUUUUGCAUUUGCAUUAGCGCUCGGCAUCGUCUUCCAGUACUAUUCCAUCGCCCCAAUGACAGGCGCAUACGGACCGAAAAUGUUGUACCGUGCUGCAAAAGCCGACUUUCUGUCGCUUACUUUCUUCGAAGUUGGACUCUUUGGAUGGAUGGCCAUCUUCCAGAUUGCGAUCUUUCGCUGGAAGCUGGAAAUGAACACUGUAACGUAUUGGUGGAUGAUGCAGAUUGGCAUGUUUCUGCGCCAUCGGACAGCAGUGCCAAUUAACUGGUGGCUGAUCAAGACCAAUGUGAAGGAGCCUUGCGCCUAA